CUGUUCUCAUUAAUUUUGGCUGAAAUUUUUCUAUUGAAUUGCUGAAUUUUGAGGAUAAGGAAGUUAUCAGUCAAGCUUCACAGUGCGUGUUCACAUCUUGCCCAGCUGUAAUUUUGGAUGCCACAGUCUUUUGGGUAUUUUUUAGCACAAGUCCAAAAUGGAUGGACUUUGAAACAUAAACCUCUGUGUGUUUAAAGAGAGUUUGUUUUCAAGAAAGUCCAUGGCCAAGUUUGUAAGAGGAAAAUAAAAAAGAACCUUUAUAAGCAGUCAGGACCCUGCUAAACAGUGUCAGUGGAAGUGAGCUGUGAUCCUGGGGAGACCCACAUUUUCCCAACAGUCAGUGGCACUUUCUCUUCUGAAAGACCUCUAAGGAUACAUGGUUGCACAGGUAAUUUGCAGGACAUGUACUGUACAGCUCACAGAGGUUUGUGCCAUCUCUCAUGCAAGAAAACUUAAGAAAGGGAUUGUGGUUUCUCUCUACAAUGUUAUCUUCAAAAUGUAAUAGAAGAUUUUGUGCUGACAAGAGCCAAUCCAGUACACCAGAAGAUGCAGUGUGCUGGUACAAGAUUCUUGCCUGGACUGGUGGGGCAGACACUGCCUGCUCAUGGCUGUCAGGGGCCUUGUUGCCUUGGCUCUUUGAUGGUGGAACCUUUGUUGAGGCAGUAAAGUAGGAGGACUCUUAAAACAGUAAUAGGUAUUCCCUUUGGGUGAUGACAUCCCUGAGAAGGUGGUAGGAUCUCCAGAUACCUCGGCACGGGAUGGCUGUGCUUACAAACAAAAUACAACCGUUUCUACUUGCCAGAGAAUCAAAAGAAAAACAGAUUUGAAAACCACAAGAGUGGAUGCCUCAGCUGUUUUGACUGUUCUCCCACAUGCAUGUAAAUCGUCAAGCUCCCCCUGAAGCUCUGUUUGUUUAAUGACUAAAAAGAAAGCACUUCAUGUCACUCUGAAGAGUAAAUAUCUGAAGUUACGGAUUAACCAAGUUCCAGCAGAGCCCAUGGCAGAAGAAUAGAUCACACCGAUUCACACUGAAUAAAGCAGUGACUCCCGUGGCAUUAUGUGGAAACUCCUCACCAUAGGGGUGCUGCUGGCUGCCGGCUGCUCAUCAGUCUGUAGUACCUCAAUAUUUUACAGCAACAAAGAUGCAAACCAGGUCCUCAAAAUCCAAAAGCGGGCAAACUCUUUUCUGGAGGAGCUCAAGCCAGGCUCGAUGGAGCGUGAGUGCUUUGAGGAGCCAUGUGACUUUGAGGAGGCCAGUGAGAUAUUUGAAACCAAGGAAGCAACACUAAAUUUUUGGAGCAAGUAUGUAGAUGGAGAUCAGUGUAACCCACAUCCUUGUUCCAAUGGGAUCUGCAAGGACAACAUUGGAAAAUUUUCAUGCAUCUGUAACAAAGGCUGGGAGGGGUUUUUGUGCAAUUAUGAGGUCAGAUACACCAACUGUUCUGUCAAUAACGGAGGAUGUGACCAUUUCUGUAGGGAAGACCCUGCCAACCAGGGCCGCUCUUGCAGUUGUGCCUCUGGCUACCAGUUGAUGAAUGACCAUGCCACGUGCAAGCCUGUAGUGGAGUUCCCCUGUGGAAGAGUGAAAAUGGACUAUGUUGACACCAAAAAUGGACUGAAUAUUCGGCUCAUUGAGGGAAAAACAGGGAGAAGGGGAGGCAGCCCUUGGCAGAUUAUGCUGCAAAACAGCAAAGGGAAGUUCCUGUGCGGGGGUGUUCUCAUUCAUCCAUCUUGGGUCCUAACAGCAGCACACUGCACUGAGACAGAAGAGAGGCUCAAAGUAAGAGUUGGUAAAUUCCACCGUCUCCGUACCGAGAUAGAUGAGCAAGCCAUUUGGGUUGAUAAAUACGUGAGCCACGAGAAUUACACCAAGGAGACCUCGGAUAAUGACAUAGCCAUGCUGCACUUGGCUGAGCCCGUCGCGUACAACAAAUACGCGCUCCCUAUCUGCCUUCCCACCCGUCACCUGUCAGAACAGGAGCUGAUGAGAAGUGGGAAGCAGAUGCUGGUAACUGGCUGGGGCAGCACAAGUGAAGUUGACACCAUUUACUCUAAUCUCCUCAGUUACAUCCAAAUCCCCAUCGUUGCGCGGAAUGAGUGCGCCCAGGCCAUGAGAUUUCCUGUCACUGACAACAUGCUGUGUGCUGGGAGCUUGGGAGACAGAAAGGAUUCCUGCACUGGGGACAGUGGAGGCCCCAUGGUCACUACAUAUAAGGAGACGUGGUUCUUGGUAGGACUGGUGAGCUGGGGUGAAGGCUGUGGAAGCAGGGAGAAAUUUGGAGUCUACACCAAAGUUAGUCAGUACCUUGAGUGGAUCCAGCACCACAUAGAUGAGAUGUCAGUUUCAUUGAAGGGCUGACUUGGUACUGAGGGGCUGGAAUAUUGUGGCUACGUGCUAGUGACAGUAAGCAGUGUAAUGGACUGUCACCUCUGCAGCAUUAAAUGUUGAGUGUAUGUUAAA